AUGAAGUAUCUCACGUCUGCGACUGGACAGCGACUAUGUUAUGCCAUCAAUCUCAUAGCGGGUUUGGCUAUCUUCUUCUUCGGAUAUGACCAAGGGAUAAUGGGAGGUGUUAACACUUCGCCAGAUUAUGUUCGCGUCAUGAAUCUGGGCUAUUCGACGUACCACGGUCCUUCCGAGGGCUAUGUGAUUACUAUCACUGAGCCCACUAAGCAAGGCGGUAUCGUCAGCAUGUACUACUUCGGAACGUUACUGGGCUGUUUCAUCGCAGGUUCGCUGGGCGACAGUAUUGGGCGCAUCAAGACAUUGCUCAUUGGCAGCGUCUGGGUACUCUUAGGCGCAGUGCUGCAGUGCUCUGCACAAAAUGAUGCUCUGCGCCAGACUGAUCAACGGCAUUGGUACCGGAUACCUCAACGCGGUCGUACCGGUCUGGAGCGCCGAGUAGUCGCGUAUUGGAUCGAGUUCGGGUUGAGCUUUGUCGGCGACGGCACUAGCCAGCUUCCCAUUGCUAUCCAAAUUGUUCCCAUACUCAUUUUCAUGGUGAGCUCGAUCCUCGGCUCCUGGAUACCGGCGUAUGUCAUCAUUGAAUCCCUACAGGCCUGCGUUCCUAUGAUGCCGGAAAGUCCAAGGUGGCUCCUGAAGAUGGGGCGCAGUGAAGAAGCUCUUCGCAUCCUUGCUCGAUUUCGUUCCGAAGCGGCAGAUCUGGAGGACUCGCUGGUUCUUGUCGAGUUCGAAGAGGUCACAAUGGCGGUUGAGCUGGAGAAGCGGCACUCCGCAGGAAAUUCAUACAUCGCGAUGUUCCUAGGCCUGCACGAUGACGACCUCCACGUCGCGCGUCGGGUGCAACUCUCGAUGUGGCUGCAGAUCCUCCAGGAGUGGACGGGCAUCGUGGCGAUCAUAUUCUAUGCCUCCACAAUUUUCUCUAACGCCGGGUAUUCUCCGCGCAAGUCUCAGUGGCUUUCUGGCCUCAACUACAUCACGUACACGCUCUGCACCCUGUUCGGUGUCUUGGCGAUCGACCGUGUCGGCCGUCGUAUCGGAUUAUGGUGGGGAGCCGUCGGCCAAGGAACAUCCCUCAUCCUCGCAGGCGCCUUCAGCCGUUUGCUCAAGGACAACCCAGACAAAGCUGCACAGUACGGAGGAGCCGCUGCGCUCUUUGUCUUCACGUACACAGCUAUCUUCGGUGCGACAUGGCUCGCCAUUCCGUGGGUGUAUCAGACGGAAAUAUUCCCUCUGUCCGUGCGGGCAAAGGGCAGCACAUGGGGAAUAGUUGGGUGGUCUAUCGGUAAUGGCUGCAUGACUCUCCUCAAUCCGAUCAUGUUCGACCGCAUCGGCGAGAACACUCUGCAUGUAUUCGGCGCGGUGAACUUCCUCACCAUCCCGAUCGUGUGGGCGUUCUACCCAGAGACGGCGGGCCGUACGUUGGAAGAGAUGGAUCGACUUUUCAUGAGCGAUCGACCGUUCGUAUGGGACGAAGAGGCUUACUUCGACAGAUGGAAGGCGAUGGCGCUGGACAGAGCAAUGGGCAGUAACUUAGACUCGAAAGAUACCACUGCGUCAUCACAGUAAUCUUCGCCGUUGUCACCCGUACUUGUGCCUUCAUAUCACCAUCCUUAUGUUUAGGUUCACCAAGACAGCACAAAUACGUCUAUGAUGCGGUGGAACUAUCGUUACAUUAUGCGGG